AUGCCUCUACCACCGCCCCCGCCUCCUCCGAGGACGCUGGGGAUUCCCGUCAGCCUCCUCUUCGCGUCCUUCCCGCCCGCGCUACCUCUACUAGAUACAGAUUGUAAAAUUGAUCCGAGGUCGUUUGAGUUUAAGUACAACAAUUUUCGCAAACCUGAGACAUUGUGGCCAUCCGAAGAUAAUGUUGAGCUGCCCUUGCAUUUCAACAUUUCACACACUACUUCUUUGAUUGCCUGUGGCAUGGCUAUGGAUGAUAUUGGCAUCGAUAUUGAAGAGAAGAAGCGGAAGACAACCAAGAGUAUUUUAUCUCUUGCUCGUCGUUUUUUCACCCCUUCAGAAGUUGAUUAUCUCGCUGAGAUUUCUGAUUUGUAUGCUCAGGAAAAGGAAUUCUUCAAACUAUGGACUCUUAAAGAAGCAUAUGUAAAGGCUCUUGGAUUGGGUUUGUCAGGUGCUUCACUCAGUGAGUUUACAAUCAACUUGGCAACAAGCAAGGGAGUUCGGGUUUCUAAGGCAUCGAAGGUAUGUAAACAUUCCAACCCUGGGUGUGGUCAUCUGUCCGAGAAUUGGCUAUUUGCACUCGCGAAGCUAAAUAGUUCUCAUUAUAUGGCAGUUUGUAUGGAGGAUGACUCGAGAUGUCUAGGUCCUGAAAGUAGUCCAGUGCCAGUAGGAUUAAAAGUAUGGAAGACUAUACCAUUUGUAGAAGAUACACUUGUCUCUGGAACAGAAGCUGUCAAACUUAUUCCUUGA